AGGGACUCUGCUCUCAUCCGCUCACCCCCACCCCGCGUAAUCCCCUGGUGCUCACACAGCCCCCCCGUAAAGUUUUUCUAGCUCCCUGGCAGACUUGUGCCGCUGUUUGCCAGAUCAAAGCCCAGUGACCUGAGUGGCCUGUCCCCCGCAGAGGCCACUUGUCCCUGUGGACCCAUCCCGUUGGGAAAAGCAUGGGUUGAACUUUAACCAUUAGGCUCCGGGGUUGGGAUGAGUUUCUACAAAAAGAGGUGGGUACACGCCAGUCCACAGUGGUCCUGAUCAAAGUGAGGACAGCAGGGAACAUCACCCUCUUCAGAUUGGAGUCAGUGGGAACAGACCCAAGAUGUCGGGGAGGAACGCUUGGAAGACCUCAGCUUUCUCCUUGGUGGAGCAGAUGUGGGCCCCCCUCUGGAGCCGUCCAACGAGGCCAGAGCGAUGGUGUUCUCAGCAUUCCUGUGCACGGCAAACCAGCACUAACACUUUGCACCCACUCUGGACGGGCCCAGUCUCUGUGCCAGGGGGCACCCGGCAGUCUCCCAUCAACAUCCAGUGGAGGGACAGCAUCUACGACCCCCAGCUAAAGCCACUCAGGGUCUCCUAUGACGCAGUAUCCUGCCUGUACGUCUGGAACACUGGCUACCUCUUCCAGGUGGAAUUUGACGAUGUCACCGAGGCAUCAGCUGCAUUUAGUUCACUGGAAUUCUGUGAAAUACCAAAAUUACAAGGAAGCUGUCAUGGGAGAGAAUGGCUUGGCCGUGAUAGGUGUGUUUUUAAAGCUCGGGGCCCAUCAUCAGACGCUGCAGAGGCUGGUGGACAUCUUGCCGGAAAUAAAACAUAAGGACGCGCGGGCGGCCGUGGGCCCCUUCGACCCCUCCAGUCUGCUGCCCGCCUGCCAGGAUUACUGGACCUAUGCGGGCUCGCUCACCACCCCACCGCUGACCGAGUCGGUCACCUGGAUCAUCCAGAAGGAGCCCGUUGAAGUGGCCCCAAGCCAGCUCUCUGCAUUUCGUACUCUCCUGUUUUCUGCACUUGGUGAAGAGGAGAAGAUGAUGGUGAACAACUAUCGCCCUCUUCAACCCCUGAUGAACCGGAAGGUCUGGGCAUCCUUCCAGACCACUAAUGAGGGCACAAGAUCCUUGAGACGUUAGGUCCACACGAAUAGCAGAACUGACUUUGAAAGAAGGAAGUGUUGUUUCCCAGGUUUCACAAUGUGAUUGUACGUGACUUCUGAAAUUAAAAAGAGAGAAUGGGGUUA